AUGGAUACGGCUUGUUCAUCUAGCUUAGUCGCCCUACAUCAGGCUUGCCAGAGUUUGCGAAAUUCGGAAUCCAAGAUCGCCAUUGUUGGGAGUUGUCAUCUAAACACCCUGCCUGAGUUAUGGAUAUCCAUGUCAAUGUCCAGACUUUUCUCAGACCAAGGGAGAUCAUUUUCUUUCGACAGCAGAGGCACAGGAUAUGGACGAGGCGAAGGAUGUGGAAUUGUGAUUCUGAAGCCACUCGAGCAAGCUCUGAAAGACAAUGAUGUCAUCAGAUCCGUAAUUCUCGGCAGUGGUAUUAAUCAGGAUGGCAAAACUCCUGGAAUAACCAUGCCAAAUGGGUCGGCACAAGGUAUGGAACGCAAAUUUGCUUUUGGCGGCGUGGGUGAUGGGAUAGAAAGAGGCUAACAUUACUAGAAUCGCUUAUGAAAUCCGUCUACAAAAUUGCUAGUCUUGACCCGAAGGAUACCGGCUAUGUGGAGGCUCACGGGACCGGUACUAAAGUCGGUAUGUAAAAUAUAAUGCACUUUCGGGCUAUCUAUUUACACGUUCAGGUGAUCCUAUCGAGGCCACUGCAUUACACAAUAUGUUUGGUGAGGGCCGAACCGCGAGAAAUCCGCUUUUCAUUGGAUCCGUGAAGUCUAACAUAGGUAAGUAAUGCGGUAUUCAUAAGGAGGUUUUCCAUCCACUUCUUAUUAGGCUCGUCUAGAAUGAAAAUUGGGCUAAUCGAUAAUUACCAGGACACCUGGAAGCUGCAAGUGGUAAGUAUUUUUUCUGUCCAUUAACCUCAUUCAAUCGCUGAACGGCUUGCUUAGGUAUCGUUUCGGUGAUAAAGACUGCACUGAUGCUUGAACGAGGCUUCAUUCUCCCUAAUUAUGAUUUCAAGAAAGGGAACGAGAACAUACCAUUUACCAAAUGGCACCUGAAAGUGAGUCGAGAGAAAUAAGAGGAAGCAUUGUUCGUGGAAGUUAAUGGUAUUAGGUUCCAAUCAGCCAGAGGCCGUGGCCUUUAGGGAAGAAAUACGCAAGUAUCAACAAUUUCGGAUUUGGGGGGACAAACGCUCAUGUCGUGAUGGAGCGAGCUCCUUUCCUAGAAGAGGUAGCCCGUGAUUCACCGGAAUCUGUUGAGCAAGCAAGAAAAUUGUUUGUUCUUUCAGCCAACGACAAAGUAGCUUGCGAGGCCCUGAUGAAAAAUAUUGGGAUCUAUCUCGAGCAGAGGCCAGAGAUCUUUCAAAACGAUUUGCUGAGAAAUGUCGCAUACACACUGGGUCAGAGGAGAUCUCUUUUUCAGUGGAGAGUCGCUAUCUCGACUUCCUCAUCCUUUGAGUUGAUAGAGGCACUGGGUAGUGGAAAGGUGACCCCCGUAAGGGAGACUGAACCCCUCAGGAUUGGAUUCAUCUUUACAGGCCAAGGAGCUCAGUGGAACGCAAUGGGCCGAGAACUUUAUGAACAAUAUCCUGUUUUUGCCUCUACGAUAGAUGCUUGCGAUAGAGAAUUAGCGGCGUUUGGCGCGUCAUUCUCCUUAUUAGGUAUGUAUACUGUCGCCGGAAAUCCAAAUAUACGCUAAUACAACGUGUGCAGAGGAAUUGAGCAAAGAUGAAAAGUCAUCACUUGUCAAUGAGGCCCAUAUUAGUCAACCGUCAUGUACAGCAAUACAGCUUGCUCUGACCGACUUAUUGAGGAGCUGGGGUAUUUCGCCAGUCGCUGUGACUGGGCAUUCUUCUGGUAAGUUAUGUCUGUUCUAUGAUUACUUGCAUAAACUCACAGAUACAAGGGGAGAUUGGAGCUGCGUAUGCUGCUGAUGUGUUAAGUUUGGGUGCAUGUAUGGCAAUUUCGUAUUAUAGAGGUCUAGCAACCAUAUCACUCAAAAAGAACUUUCCGGAGCUCAAAGGGUCCAUGAUGGCUGUCGGAGGCUCAAAAGAGGACAUCGAGCCACUUAUGUCAGGAUUGAAAUCACAAGGCGCCAGAAUCGCAUGUUUCAACAGCCCGUCCAGUCUUACUAUUUCGGGUGACCAGGCUGCUGUAGACGAGUUCCAGACUUUGUUGGAGCAAAAAGAGAUCUUCAACAGAAAGCUUGUAGUCGACGUUGCAUACCACUCUCAUCACAUGAUGAACGUCGCGAAGGAGUAUCGUGCCUCACUCGAAUUACUUGAUGAUCCAGAGCCGACGGAUGUGAGAUUUCACUCGUCUUUACACGGAGAACUUAUUGACAGCACAACGCUCCUUCCCUCUUACUGGGUUGAUAAUCUCACCCAGCCUGUCCGGUUUUCAGAGGCUCUAACAAGCAUGUGUGAGCCCAUUGAUGGUCACAAAACCGGCGUGAACAUGCUCAUCGAGAUUGGACCGCACUCUGCUCUUGGUGGUCCGGUCAAACAAAUCCUCAAGGCAUGCGGUGGAAACGCGAUGAAAAUACCUUAUACGUCCGUGCUCGUCAGAAAGAAGGAUGCCGUUGAAACUGCCCUUGCCAUGGCUUCAACACUCUUCGUCAAAGGAGCAACCCUUGAUCUUGGCGAGAUAAAUACGCCAAGGUCCUCCGAGAAACCGUCUCUGCUUGUCGAUAUGCCUCGCUACCCUUGGAACCAUCAAACAAAGUAUUGGCAUGAGCCUCGGAUGAUGCUAAAGCAAAGAAGUCGCACUGUACAGCGUCAUGAUCUUAUAGGUGCAUUGGCCAAUUACUCUAAUGAUAUGGAGCCAACUUGGAGAAACAUCCUGCGUAUUGACGAUCUUCCAUGGCUCCGGCAUCACAAGGUCCACUCUUUGAUCAUUUUCCCAAUGGCAGGAUUUCUAUCUAUGGCAGUGGAAGCUGCCUAUCAAAGAGCGGUAUCGAAUGGAAUUGAAUUUGACGAGUUUGAAUUGCGAGAUGUCUCCGUCAACACGCCUUUGAUGGUGACUGACGAGGAUGUUGAGAUGACCUUACAACUUCGCCCUCAUCAGGAAGGCACUACUGCGUCCUCUAUUACCUGGGACGAAUUUCGGAUACAUUCGUGGGCCGCUAAUAAAGGUUGGACAGAGCAUUGCAAAGGCUUCAUUACAGUUAAAACCAAGGACAUUGGCACCGCUCAAGCCCGAAAAUUCGAAAGAACUCUUCAAUCCUCUAUCUCGGAAAUUGAUAGCUGUGCUACCACACCUGUGGACGAAUCGGAAAUGUACGAUUCUCUUUCUGAUCUCGGGGUAUCUUAUGGGCCUAGCUUCCAGGGAAUCAAUAACUGCGAAGCAAAUGUUCGAUGCUCCAAGGCAGAUAUCACUGUUGUCGAUACUACACAUGAGAUGCCACAAGGCUUCCAGACGCCAUUUAUUGUUCAUCCAACUCUACUUGAGCAAUUGAUUGAUAUGUACUGGCCUAUUCUGGGCUCAGGAAGAACACUUCUCGAUACCGUGUACCUCGCCUCGUCCAUUGGGCGUAUGACUAUCUCUCGAAAUAUUACAACCGCCACAAAAACACCUGGGGAUAGUCUCAGAGCAUUCUGCAAAGGUCCUGUCAUCCCCUCACAUCCUAAGGCAAUCCAGGUUUCAAUGUUUGCCACUUCUACAGACAACACCAAAGAAGCGCUUAUUGUAUUGGAUGAUUUGACGAUACAGCCCAUUGUGGAAAGGGACAUGGUUUCUGAGUCCGAGGUUCACAGAGAGUUGUGCUUCAAACUGAAUUGGGAGCCAAUACUUGAACCAGUCGACUUUUCAAUGUCCCAUGGCGUCACAAACGGCGUCCCCAAAACAAAUGGACAUGCUGACGGCACUACGAAUGGUGUAUCCACCGACUUAUCAAAACCAGACGUAGUCAGUAAAUCGCCACUUGAAAAAGUGACAAUCGUUCAUGGGGAGUCAGAAGCUCAGACCACUCUUGCAUGUAAAUUGGCUGAUGCACUUGAGCAUUUUACUAGUGCCAGGCCCGAGACAGGUCUGCUAAAGGACGUUGAUACUAACGGACGACUGUGUCUCUUCAUCUACGAACUGGACAUAAACUUGCUUUCGUCGCUCACCAAAGAACAGUUCGCACAUUUGCAGAAGAUUCUGACCAAUGUUCAAGGAAUCCUGUGGGUUGUACGUGGUGCUUACACAAAUUCUAGUAAUCCUGAUGCGAAUAUGGUCACCGGAUUGAGCAGAACUAUUCGUUCCGAGACCUUGCUUAAGUUCGCAACUUUAGACAUGGACGCCGAAUGUGUUCUUCCGGAUGACAGUGCCGUCAAAGCAAUCCUCAAAGUGUUCAAGGCGACUUUUGGUGAGGAUGCCUCGGAAAAUUGCGAGUUGGAGUUCAUGGAGAGAAAGGGCGCCUUCCUUACCCCGCGGAUCAUCAAUGACUCGGAGACGAAUGAGUUUGUGCACAAGGAGACGAAGGCGUCUCUCGAACCCACGCCAUUCGUGCAAGAAGACCGGCCACUGAAGCUGGUAAUUGGCACUCCUGGCUCCCUCGAAACGCUUCACUUUGAAGAUCAACCACGGGAAGAGCCAUUGGGAGACGAUGAGAUCGAAAUCCAAGUCAAGGCUAUUGGCAUGAACGAAAAAGAUGUCUGUGCAGCAAUGGGUCAAUUGGAUAUACUUGAAUUUGGCAUGGAAUGUAGCGGCAUCGUUACCAACGUUGGAAAAGGCGUCUCCGCAAUUGAAGUUGGAUAUCGCGUUGCUGCAAUUUCAACAUCUGGGGGUGUUUAUUCAAGUUACACUCGCACAAAAGAAGCAUUCUCUUUCAAGAUUAACGAUAACAUUUCCUUCGAGACAGCGGCUUCUCUUCCAGUAGCUUACUGCACUACCCAGUAUGGGUUAUAUAAUCUUGGACGACUCGAAAAGGAUGAAAGAGUCUUGAUAAAUGGCGCGGAAAGUGCAUUUGGUCAUGCAGCAAUCUCUCUUGCUUGCCGGACUGGUGCUGAGGUAUUCAUUGCAGUCAGGAACCCUGAGAACGCAGAAACCUUCAUUGAUUCUUACGGUCUCCCUGCCGACAACGUAUUAUCAACUCACGCUAUCUGCCAACAGACAAAGAGAGGAUAUUUCGAUGUCGUGUUCAACACUCUCCCUGCAGAUGCGAAUACUUUGAGAGAUACAUGGGCUUCUCUGAGCAGUUUCGGACGUCUUGUCGAAGCUGGACAGGGCGAUUUUAGUUCGAGGCUUGAGAGUUCUCGUUCCGAAAAGAAUAAGAGCUUCUUGUCCGUUGAUCUAGGCUCCAUGGCGACAGAGCGGCCAAAAAUAUUAGGCCGCCUUGUCUCAGAUGUUUCCAAGAUCUUAGAAAGCCAUGAGAUAACUCUUGCCUGUUCUACAACAGUGUUCCCAAUCUCUGACAUUGAAACUGCCUUCAGAGCAAUGCAAUCUGGGAAUCUUGCGGGCAAGCUAAUUGUCGCACCGCAACCCGGAGACGAGGUCAAGGUUCAUAUUUUCCCUUUUCCCCCAUACCUAACAUGAUUCCAUGCUGACAAUUCUCAGGCUACUCCUUCAACCAAAAUCAGCGCAAUACUCAAAUCAGAUGCUACAUAUAUCCUGAUAGGCGGCACGAGCGGUCUUGGGCGUAGUAUGGCUAGGUGGAUGGUCAAGAAUGGUGCUAAGACCAUUGUGCUUGUGUCCAGAACUGGUUCGGCGGCUGGCAAAGUGAAGGAUUUGAUUGAUGAAUCUGCUGCUGUCGGAGCUACUGUUGUCGUAGCACCGUGCGAUGUAGCCGACAAGGCCUCGGUCGAGAAGCUUAUCACUACUGGAUUCACUAGAUUUCCCCAGGUUAAAGGUGUAGUUCAUGGUGCAAUGGUUUUGGAUGUAGGUUUCCUCCUUUCCCUCCUUUUCACCAACACUGGGACUGAUUUUUGUAGGAUGUUCUAUUCGAGAAAAUGGAGUAUGAACAAUACACCAAGGUCAUCGAGUCUAAGGUUGCUGGUGCAUGGAAUUUCCACAACGCACUUGAAGGCAUACCUCUCGACUUCUUUGUUGCAAUUUCCUCUGCAGCCGGUGCAGUUGGCAAUCGAGGACAAGCGUGAGUAGCCUUUCUCGUCUCAUGCUUUCCAAAGUAAACGAAUGCUAACAACCAACACAGCGCAUAUUCGGCAGCCAACUGUUUCCUAAACGCCUUCGUUCAAUACCGUCUUCGUCUCGGCCUUCCCAGCACCUCAAUCGACUUGACAGCCGUCUCUGACGUAGGACAUCUCGCUGAAAACGCUGCCAUGGCGGCUGAAGUAGCCAAGAACUUGGGCAGUGACACGAUUUGUGAAGCCGAAGUCCUCGCUCUGCUGCAUCUUGCAGUCACCAACCGCCUCACUGGCUGCAACUCCCACACUCUCACAGGUCUUCGUCUAUGCACUCCACCGCCCUUUUGGCUGCAUGACGCAAAGUUCUCGCACCUCAAAAGUGUAUACGCUGAAACCGUCGCGGCUUCCUCCGAUCCUGAUGCAGUGGUAUCAUUCCAUACGUUACUUAAGAAUAGUACGAGUGCGGAUGUGGCGAAGGAAGUUAUUGUAGCAGGAUUGAUGGAUAAGCUUCCAGGUUUCCUAAUGUUGGAAAAGGAAGAUAUGGAUAGACAGAAGAGUUUGAGUGCCUAUGCUCUCGAUAGUCUGGUCGCGAUUGAGGUGAGAAACUACAUUACGAGGGAGUUUGAGAGCCAGUUGCAGGUUCUUGAACUUCUGAGUAGUGGUAGUAUUGAGGGGUUGGCGGGGCAGAUUUUGGGGAAGAGUAAGCUUGUGAGCUUUUAA